AAACAAAUAUAGUGAUAUUCACUCAUUAGAAUUUAUACAACUUACCAUUUAUACCAUUAGAAAUGUAACACUUAUAAACUUAUGGUUAGAUUCUAACUGCAUUUCAUUGUCUUUGUACAUUGGCUUUAGACAUUUUCAGUCCAAUAAUGAAUUCUAUAACAACGGGAGCUCUCAGAUUUAUAAUUUAAGUAGAGAUGUAUACCUGUGUAGAACAAGGAAAUAAAAACAUACACUGCUCUUCUGUUUAGUUCAUUUUUAAUAAUCCAGAAUUUCAAGAGAAAUUUCAAAAGAAAUAAUUGUAUAAAAUGGGACAAACACAAUCAGCUCCACCUCCACGUCAACCUUCACCUCCACCUCCACCUCCCAAACUUGAAUAUGAUACGCCAUGGAGGAAAAUGCCUUGGGGGAAAAAAGACGCUUUAGAAGAGAAACUGAGGAACUUUAAGCUCAACACUACUGAUGUUAAGUUUGUCAGGAUUCUGAUCGUUGGUGAAGUUGGAGCAGGAAAGUCCAGCUUUAUAAAUUCAAUCAAUGAUGCUUUCCAAGAGCGAAUCACCUCUGGGGCACUUGCUGGAUCAUGUGGAACCAGUUUCACAAAAAAAUAUCAAACUCAUCAUAUCAAAGGGAAGGAUGGCUCCCGUUUGCCUUUUGUCUUCAAUGAUAUCAUGGGACUUGAACGUGAAGGUAGCAAAGGCAUAUGUGUAGAUGACAUUAUCUCAGCCUUAAAGGGGCUAAUUGAGGAAGGAUACAACUUUAAUCCUCUUCAUCCUGCAUCUGGAAAAGACUCCAAAAACAAUCCCAGGGUUUCUGAUCACACCUUCUGCCUGGUCAAUGUUCUAGAUGCAAACAAAGUGUCAUUCAUGGACCACAAGUUUAUUGAUAAGAUGAUACGGAUUCGUGAGGCGGCUUCAGACUAUAAUUUGCCUCAAGUAAUCGUCAUGACAAAAGUUGAUGAACUUUGCCCACUGGUUAAAAAGGACAUAAGAAAGGUGUACACCAGUAAGAAGAUUAAAGAAAAGAUGCAGGAUUGCAGUAAUGCACUGGGGAUUCCAAUGAGCCACAUCUUCCCUGUGAAGAAUUACCACGAGGAGACUGACACAAUUGAUGACAUGGAUCUUCUGAUCCUCAAGGCACUUGAUCAGAUUGUGAAUCUUGCCAAUGAUCAGCUGGAAAACCGAACCUCUUGUGAAAAACUGGAGUGAAGACUUUUUUCAUUUUUACACUCAUGAGAAGAGUCAACAUAGUGAAAAAAAAAUGAAUCAGCAAAAACUAUACAAUAUGUCAAAGAUCACAGCAAAGGAUGAUGGGAAAUAAUAGAGAGACAUAAAGAAUCUUUUCACAGAUAAUCUUAUUUCCUCUACUUUAAUCAUACCUGGUUUGUGUUUAUUAAUAUUUGCUCUGUACAUUGUGCUUUUAUUUAAAUAAAAUAAAAUACAAUUUUCCGUUAUAA